AGAAUACAACAUGAGAAAGAGUGGAUAGUAUCUAGUAGUUGUUGUAUUUGUAAAUCAACAUAUUGCAGUUGUAACAUUAAGUCAUAAACACAAACAAUAAAAGUAGUUAAUGUUGUUGAAAUUCAAAUAUUGACACACACACAACAUGAGUGGUGGUGGAGAAGGAGGUGAAGAAGGACCAGAUUUGCAAUUUACUCCAACAUGGGUUGUUGCUCUUGUUUGCACUGUUAUUGUUGCCGUUUCAUUUGCGGUUGAACGUUCUCUUCAUUAUGUUGGCAAGUUUCUCAAGAAGAAAAACCAAAAAGCACUCUUUCAAGCCUUGCAAAAAAUCAAAGAAGAGUUGAUGUUAUUGGGUUUUAUUUCUCUGUUUCUGACGGUAACACAGAAUAGAAUUACAAAAAUAUGUGUUCCUGAGAAUUGGACUCAUCAUAUGCUUCCUUGUAGUCUUGAUGAAAAAGAUGAAGAAUCCAAAAAAUCCACUUCACAUUUUCAGACUUUUUUCUCUUCCAAUGAUGUUUUCGGCACUACUAGGCGCCUUUUAGGUGAUGACCAUCCAUCAACAGAAGAAACACUUGGAUAUUGUGCUGCUAAGGGCAAGGUGCCUCUAUUAUCAGUGGAAGCACUGCAUCAUCUGCAUAUCUUUAUUUUUGUCCUAGCUGUUGUUCAUGUGACUUCAUGUGUUUUGACUAUAGUUUUUGGAGGAUUAAAUAUUCGUCGGUGGAAGCACUGGGAAGACUCUAUUACAGAUGAAAAUCAUGAAACACAACAUGCGCCAGAUCGAACUGUGACUCAUGUUCAUCAACAUGCUUUUAUCAAGGAUCAUUUUACUGGUUUUGGCAAAGAUUCUGCUAUAAUGGGAUGGGUGAGAUCCUUUUUCAAGCAAUUUUAUGGAUCUGUUACAAAGUUGGAUUAUGUGACAUUAAGGCUUGGUUUUAUUAUGACUCACUGUAAGGCAAAUCCAAAGUUUAAUUUUCACAAAUACAUGAAUCGUGCCCUUGAAGAUGAUUUCAAAAAAGUUGUUGGUAUUAGUUGGUAUCUUUGGGUCUAUGUGGUCCUCUUUUUGUUGCUUAAUAUCAAUGGUUGGCACACAUAUUUCUGGAUUGCUUUUAUUCCUCUCAUUCUUCUACUUGCUGUUGGAACAAAGCUAGAACAUGUAAUAAUUCAAUUAGCUCAUGAAGUAGCUGAAAAACAUACAGCCAUACAAGGUGAAUUAGUUGUUCAACCAUCAGAUGAUCACUUCUGGUUUCAUCGUCCACGCAUCGUCCUCUUCUUGAUUCACUUGAUCCUUUUCCAAAAUUCUUUUGAGAUAGCAUUCUUUUUUUGGAUACUGGUCACAUAUGGUUUUGAUUCAUGUAUAAUGGGAAGAAUUCGCUACAUUAUUCCAAGGCUCAUUAUUGGGGUAUUUAUUCAGCUGCUAUGUAGUUAUAGUACCCUACCAUUGUACGCACUUGUCACACAGAUGGGAACUCAUUUUAAGAGUGUUAUAUUUGAUGAGCAAGUACAAGCAAGGCUUGUUGGUUGGGCACAAAAGGCAAAGAAGAAAGGAUUAAGAGGUGAUAAUAACCAAUCUAAUCAAGAAAGUGCUCAUCAUGGUUCAAGUGUUAAUAUUCAGUUAGGGUCAAUAUUUAGAAGAGGAUCAGUCCCAGAAAACAAUACUAUUGUUUCUAGAGAUGAAGAGUCUGGAUGAAAAAAUAGUCAUGUAACAAAAAUGUUAAUAGUUAUUAUAUAUUAUAAUAUUUUUUUUAAUGUGUUCUCUCAGUCAAAAUUUUGAGGUAAUCAUGUUCGAGAAACAUAUACUAAACAUGAGCAUAUUCUCCA